GCGCUCCCGCGGCCCAGCCCCCCCGAAGAGUGUCAAACGGGACUUGGAUCGAACCGAAAGGGGAAACCGCCCCCAGCUGCCCCCCCGCCCCCGUGUGUGUGUGUCAGCCGCCACACCCAAGAUGGCGGCAGGGCGCGGCCAUUGCGGCUUUACGGCGCGCGAGACGGAAGCCGGCAGAGCGCAGGAGAGGCCGCCGCUCACGUGAGGGGGGAGGACGCAAGAGCAUCCCGGCGGCGCCAACUGAAGACUAGCAGGAUGGUGAAAAGAUGGCUACUUCUCUCCGGGUUGUGUCUUUCGCUCUCAUUGCUAAAGCUCUGUGAUGGAGCCAUUAUGCUCUCUGUCCCUGAAGUAGUUUCAUUAGAAAAUGGUAGUGUGACAAAUAUCACUGUGACUCUAAGUGCCCCAUUAAAUGAGACAUUGGUGAUAACAUUUAAUGUCACAUACUCAUCAAAAAAUGGAACCAUUGUUGAACUACCUGAUCAAGUAAUAUUAUCUACAGGUCUAAAGAAGUCAAGCUUUCAAGUGAAAGCGAAAGAUGUUGGACAAGUUACCAUUUUUCUUGUUGCCAAUAAUUCCAACCAAACUGGCCCAAGGAUUCGAUUCCAAGUGAUCCAUAGUAACAUAGUGAAAAUUAUAGACCAGGUGAUCGGCUGGAUCUAUUUUUUCGCCUGGUCGAUUUCCUUCUACCCUCAGGUUUUUGAGAAUUGGCGACGAAAAAGUGUGGUUGGAUUAAGCUUUGAUUUCCUAGCACUAAACCUCACUGGCUUCAUAGCAUACAGUGUAUUCAAUGUGGGGCUUUUCUGGAUUCCCUACAUCCAGGAGCAGUUCCUACGCCAGUACCCCAAUGGAGUGAACCCUGUGGACAGCAAUGAUGUGUUUUUCAGUCUCCAUGCACUAGCUGUAACGUUCUUUAUAAUAUUUCAGUGCUGUAUAUAUCAGAGAGCUAAUCAAAAAGUGUCCAGAGUUGCUAUUGGGCUGCUGGUGAUUGCAUGGAUCUUCACAUUUACCACAUUGUUUGUGGCUUCAGCUGGAGCAAUCACAUGGCUACAGUUCUUAUUUUUCUUUUCUUACAUUAAACUGGGAAUGACACUGAUAAAAUAUUUUCCACAGGCAUACAUGAACUUUCGGCGGAAGAGUACUGAAGGGUGGAGUAUUGGAAAUGUGUUGCUAGAUUUUACUGGUGGAAGCUUCAGUCUCCUUCAGAUGGUUUUGCAGUCUUACAACAAUGAUGAAUGGAAAUUAAUCUUUGGAGAUCCAACUAAGUUUGGACUGGGCUUUUUCUCCAUCAUCUUUGACAUAGUCUUCAUCAUCCAGCAUUACUGUCUAUAUAGAACACGGGUAUAUGAAUCUUUGGACUCCUAAAGCCUUACCCAGAUGGAUGCAAUAAUGUAGAUCUAUUGGCCAUAAAUUUACCUCUAUAUGGGCUGGGAGAAUUUCAGACUGCUCACCAGCACAAAUAGUUUUGCUUAAUGCCAAAUGCCUUAACGGAUAUUCCAUUAUCCUAACCCUUGCAACUGGAAAACAUCUGCAACACCGGAAGCUAAUUCCAAGCCAGCCUGUCUUGAGAUGGAUUGGUCAAAGAUAGCCACAGCCUUCUGUGGGGAGGGUAUGUAAGAGCUGGGCUUCCUUCAGGUGCGAAGGUUUUUUUUUCCCCAGAGAAGAGCCAGAACAUGACUGGAAGGUGAAAAACCCAAUCAGGUGCCUUUUUUUUUUAAUAACGACCAAGGAACAAGUUUUUGUGGACUAGGCAGACUCUAAUGUGCUGCUGACUUCAUCUUCUUCUCCCAAACCAAGUUGUAAGGAAGACAGUGACUCAAGUAGCUGUGGCUACCAAGUAGCUUCUUAAUAUUACAUGUAGGUACAAUGGGUGAAGGGGGGCACUAAUCAGAAUAAUAUCACAGCAUGUUCUUAUCAGAGUGCUAGCAGCUACACUUAAAACGUUAAAAAAACGUAAUGUGAUUUCUGCUACUUUAUACCACUGAGCAUUUUCAGCAAAGGUUUUAAAUCUAGUGCUGGAGACCAAAUUUCUAAAUACUUAUUACUAAGUUGUCAAGUUAUUUGUAUUUGGUUCUAUUAAAGUGCCUAGGUCUGGGCUGUUGAUGCAAGGGGAACAAUUUGUAUUCUAUGCAAGUCCGAUCAUGUUGUUCAAUAGCCUAAUGAUUAAAACUUGUGUUAGUCUUCAA